AUGGCUUUGGUGUGUCGUGUGGGUGAAGCCCUAGGCCUGCCUUUGGACUGUGACAACAACGAGUGGUUAUCCGACAUUUGGGAUGCGAACUGGUCCAUGGCGUUGCUUCUGUGCAUAGUUCUUUCGUACCACAGCAGAAAUCAUCUAUCGAGGAUCCUAGGAUGGAUUCUUUUCCUCUUACGACAGGCGCAUUAUCAGGUUCAGAUGUUGCUGGGCCGAAUGAUGCCAUGGCGCUACUCGACUCAGCUACAAGCUUUGCAGCUUGAGAUGAUCCUAAGGAAGCAUAUGCCUGGAGCUUACGUUGCCGAUCUUACGGACCAUAAAGAACUGCGAGGCCUUUUUCUCAGCCAGUCGCAGCCAGAAAAAGAACGUCGUCAACUCACCUUCCUAUCCCUUCCUAUCACAAUCAGACAGCGCAUCUACGAGCUCGUACUCACCGAUGAAAACAACUUCUGGUGGGAUGAUGACCAGAAAGUUCUACGUGCGAGUAUCAGCCCCUCUCUUCUCAGAAUUUCUCGGUCCGUCCGCCAACAGACCAUCUCGACACCUUUAAGCAACAACAAGGUGAUCAUUGAUGCAAAUCCUAAGGCGCAACACUUAAGUCGUUCUCCCGAUUGGUAUGUGCCAGCCUCUCCGAAUGGGCGCGAGCAGCUGCUCGAACUUCUCAUGACUUUGUCGAAUCCACAUGUCUCUACUCCGCUACGAAAGUCCGUCGACGCUGCAAGAAAUAAAGACGGCAAAUGGUUAGUGGAGAUUCGGGAACCUUACCUCAAAGUCUGGGGUUACGAUAUUGGGGUCAUGGUCCGCUACCUCAGAGAUAUCUUCCCUCUCCUCGUCAUCAACUACAUAAUUUUAAUUCCUGCGGAUCUACCUCAGCCCGUCUUCAAAGUUCAACAUCUCGGACGCCAGCUCUAUCAUGCUAUUUCGCAAGGCCUUCGGCAUCCGCGAUUCAAAGUCCACUUCGAGGGAAUCGACUUAUGGGAGACGGCGGCGCGAGACAGCAGCUAUCAAGGACUGGAGUGA